GGAUAAGAUCAGUUUGUCAAUCAACGGUCCUCUUCACAAUUUUUUAGAUUUAAUUCCGGCCCUCAACCAAAUUUUUAUAAAGUCACAUAAAGUUCCCAAUUUCUAAGCUUCCAGAUACUAGGAAAAUCCACAGCUAUACAAAUUUCUUAAUAACUUUGAAUAAGAAGCGAUGCAGUCCACUUCACAAGUCAACCAACGGAUUGCUAGACUCGCAGCUCAUCUUAAUUCUCCUAAUCUUCAGGUGGAGGAGACUUCCGGUUUGAUGAGGGAGAAUUGCAGGGCAAAAGGUGGAUCACCAGGAUUCAAAGUGGCGAUAUUAGGAGCAGCUGGAGGAAUUGGACAACCUCUCGCAAUGUUAAUGAAGAUGAAUCCGUUGGUUUCAGUUCUUCAUUUAUAUGAUGUGGUCAACACUCCCGGUGUUACUGCUGAUAUCAGCCACAUGGACACUGGCGCUGUUGUGCGGGGAUUUUUGGGGCAACAACAAUUGGAGGAUGCCCUUACAGGCAUGGACCUUGUGAUCAUUCCGGCUAGUGUUCCUAGGAAACCUGGAAUGACUAGGGAUGAUUUGUUCAAUGUUAAUGCCGGAAUUGUUAAGACACUCUGUGAAGGAAUAGCAAAAUGCUGCCCAAAAGCUAUUGUCAGCUUGAUUAGUAAUCAUGUUAAUUCUAUAGUUCCAAUUGCAGCUGAGGUUUUCAAGAAAGCUGGCACAUACGAUCCAAACCGGCUUUUGGAAGUCACAAUGCUUGAUGUUGUUAGAGCUAAUACUUUUGUGGCAGAAGUCUCGGGCCGUGAUCCUAGGGAAGUUGAUGUUCCAGUUGUUGGUGGUCAUGCAGGGGUUACCAUUUUACCUCUUCUGUCUCAGGUUAAACCAUCAUGCCCCUUCACCCCCAAAGAAAUUGACUACUUGACAGACCGUAUUCAAAAUGGUGGAAAAAAAGUUGUUGAGGCAAGAGCAGGAACUGGUUCUGCCACACUGUCAAUGGCGUAUGCUGCUGUCAAAUUUGCUGAUGCAUGUCUGCGGGGCUUGAGAGGGGAUGCCAAUAUUGUUGAAUGUGCAUAUGUGGCUUCUCAGGUGACUGAACUGCCUUUCUUUGCAUCAAAAGUUCGGCUUCGCCGUAAUGGAGUUGAGGAAAUUUACCCACUUGGCCUCCUCAAUGAGUAUGAAAGAAAUUCUUCCCUUGUUGCGAACUGUGAACAGAGCCGGCUUGGAAAAGGCAAAGAAAGAGUUGGCAGGAAGUAUUCAGAAAGGCAUUACCUUCAUCAGGAAAUGAGGUGCUAAUCAUAGAAUCCACGUUUACACUACACGCAACAAAAAGGAAGAAACAAGAUUUAGAACAUGUGGCAGCAGGGGAUUGGAGGAAGCAGAAUAGUCAUCAAUUACUUUGUUGAAAAGCCAAUCUGAAGAAGAAAAGCAAUGUGACACAAUAUUGGAAGGGAGGCAGUUGGCAAAUAGAAACGAGAAGGUAGAAAAGGCAGCAGAGGAAAAUGAGGGUAGGUAGGACGCAAGAAUAGAAGGUUGAUAGGGAUAGUACAUGCCUCUUGAAAGUCUGUGGGGAGCUGAGUGUUUUUGGUCUUUUGCAGUGUAAUUGAAGUUUGUUAUGAUUUGGCUGCUGAAGUCUCUGGGCUGUGAUAUUGUAAUCUUUAUUAUGUAAUGAAACUCUUUUGUAAAACUAUUGAAUAUAUUUAUGCAACUUGAAUUUCAUAUCUA